GAACGUACGGUGCUGCCAUCGUUCAAUCUUUUUAGGUUGGGUUUGGUGGCAAGCACAUUUUGCGUACAAUAAACCACGAUGCAGAUAUUCGUGAAAACCCUAACGGGUAAAACUAUUACCCUCGAAGUAGAAGCAUCGGAUACUAUCGAAAAUGUGAAAGCAAAGAUUCAGGAUAAAGAAGGAAUUCCUCCGGAUCAACAGCGUCUUAUUUUUGCCGGAAAACAGCUAGAGGAUGGACGCACUCUUUCCGAUUACAACAUUCAAAAGGAGUCUACAUUGCAUCUUGUACUUCGACUUCGCGGAGGUGUUAUCGAACCUACGCUUCGUAUCCUGGCACAAAAAUACAACUGUGACAAGAUGAUUUGUCGAAAGUGUUAUGCCCGCCUUCAUCCGCGUGCAACUAACUGCCGUAAGAAGAAAUGUGGCCAUACAAAUAACAUUCGCCCGAAGAAGAAGCUAAAGUAGACUAUAGGCACCGCUUCUGCUUGCAUACUUUGCAAGCUUAUGUACCUCUGAAAUUUUACUUUAAUAAAAUGUACAUGAAAAAGUAA